AUGGAGCAAGGCAGGUCUUGCACAGAAGAAGGCGGUAACGCUGGCGCUGGUGCAGGCGCGCAGGCGAAAGCCGGAUCAGCCGAUAGAGUCCAAGCUGCUCGUGAGGUAGAAGGGCAGGGAGGGCAGGACAGAGUACUACCUUCCAAGCUUGUGGAUGCAAAUAUGCCAAAUCGCUUAGAGCAGGUGGAUGCCAUGGACGAUAUGCAUCCAGACGCAGCCUGUGCGCAGCAGGUCGUGGCUUCGCGCGUGGAUGCAACAGAACAAGCUGAAGGAGAUUCCGCAGCAGGGGUGGUAGAAGCAACUGAGAUUGAGCAUAUGGAGGAUGCGCAGUCCAUUCGGUUGCGGCAAAGGGCAGCUGAGAAAGGUGCAACAGCCUCAGGGGGCACCUCAAACCAGACACUAGCGGAGAACCUCGUAGGUGACGCAGUGUAUGCGCCUGAAACGAUGCAGACUGGAAAUUCUCAUCCAGCAUCAAAAGUAUCAAAGGUAGUGGCAAUGACGACGGUCGGGCCUAUCAGAUCAUUUCAAACGCGCGAAGUCUCGCAGGAUGGACAGGAAGAGGGUGAAGCGAUUGAUGAAGAUGAAACGCGGGUGAAGCCAGGGCAAGUCUUUCCCACCUCUGCUUCUUCGUCAGGUGCAUCCCUUCAGAAUGGGGCAUCCAUGAGCAAGGUGCAACAGUCUUCGGGCCUUUUGGCGGGCCGACCACCAAGCAUGCAUCGCAGAGAAGGAGAUCAAGACUCAAGCGAAGAGGAAGGGAUGAUCACUCUUGCUGAGGAGGGCCAGAUCAAUGAAGAGGAAGAGGAGGAGGGGCAAGAGCCGAGAUCAGCGUCGUCUGGCUCACGGCGUGAUCCGAAGCUCAGCUCGGGCCAGCGUGCACCCUCCCCGUUGCACGAAGCCAGCCACAGCUUCAGUGGCGCUGCGCCUCUUUCGACUGCCGCAUUCAGAGAUCGGGACCCGAGCGUUGAGAGCGGCCCUCAAAAGUGGGAUGCAUCGUACAGGCGCGAUUCAAGAGAUCGCGAGCGCGAAGCUUCGAGAUAUCGGGAGCCUGAGCGUGAUCGCGACCGCGAAAGAGAGAGGGAUAGAGGAUGGGAUCGUGACCGGGAUCGCAGAUCUAGCCACCAUCCUUAUGCCGAUGCAAGAAGGUUCAGUGAUCGUGGACGGGAAAGGGAUGCCAGAGACCCGAUGUCGGAUCGCCGGGCGUCCGGUUGGGACAGAGAAAGGGAAGAUUUAGCGAGGACCGAACGACAUCAGCCUCCGAGCCGCGAGUCAGCACGUCCGAAUGCACCUUUUUUGGUUUACCCCAUCCCGCCAGAGCGUGACCGAUGGAAUCGACACCACACCAAUCGUGAGCGUCCGCGAGAGCCUACGAUAGAGCGAGACAUCGAUGCGCUUUCGACUCCGUUGGCCCAGUCAGCGUCUUCUACCGCGCUACUCUCUGGGCAAGAAGCCAUUCGUAACGCAUACAGUAGGCGUAGACCUUCACCCGACUUUCAUGAAUUAAACGGAAGCGACACUGGGGAGCGUCGGCGAGGCGCAGCAAGACAGCACUCAGAAGAGCCGCGUCGUCGUUUAUCUCCUACGCGCUCUGUCACCGGUGGAAGCGAUCGCGGGUCAGGCUCAUAUGACCGCCCGAAGCUCAUCGACUCACAGCGGGGCCUGGGGAACGAGUGUGAAGGAGCUCGCGAUCGAGAGGAGAAGCGUACACCUCAAUCCAAGCCUCCUUUGCACUUGCAAGCGACAAUAUUGCAAAAGUCAAACAGUGCAGAAAGCGAGGCAAAGCGCACGGACGCAUUUCCCACCCCUCGCAAGACACCUAUGGGGACGCCGAUGGAUCCAGGGUUUGUGCAGCGGUGUGAUGCUUUGGUACACAAAGCGCUGCAAUCUGCGCCUGCAACAGACGCGACUGCAAUGGCUGCACCUGUCGCGAGCCCAAGGACGUCGGUAAGGGCAAUCUCGGAGGAGGCUCUGGCAGGCUUGCCCAAUGAGCGCAAGCCCGAGGUGAAGACUGAGCCAGUGCUUGAGACUGGCACUGAGAUUGGUCAGGACGAUCGGCAGGCGUUCAACGAUGAAGCUCAGCGGCAUGAAGUGCCAGUGCUCAGCGCCGCCAAACUUGCAUCACCCACGACAACCAUUGCGGUCAUCGAAACUGCUCUCUCCGUCUCCGCUCCAAGCACAAGUGUUGCCCCUACCGCAACAAUGCCAUCAGAACCUUCCGGUUCCUCAUUAUCUCUUGAGACUUUGGCAGACCUAGCCACAGCUGAAGCUGAUCCUGCAUCCUCGUUCGCGCCUGAAGUGGCACUUGUGGGCGCCAAAUCCGACCGAGGCCGCUCCUCAACUCACGAUUUGGUUUCACCGACAGGAAGCUCUCACAUCGAACCCGUGACGCGUGUCACAGAAAUGGAGAACGCCGUCGCUCACCAGCUUGCUACAGAGCUACAGGCUACGGCUGCUUUGGAAGAAGAUAGCGUGAAGCAGAUCAACUCCGAACCUGAGAUGCUCGAAGACACUAGCAUGCAAGAUGUGCAACUCUUGCAAGAAGAGGAAGAGCAUGACGGCCGUGAUCCAGAAGCGAUCGCGGAAGCGAAACGCAGACGAGAAGAAGCGAUGGAGACUGCAAUGCGUCGAUCAACUCUACGCAUGAUUGUCAGUCAGUCAGGCAUGCCGAAACCGACACACUCCAUCGUCAAGGAGAACCGAGCAGUCGCACAGUGUACUCACGAGCAACUCCGAGAUCAGUCCGUCUUUCCCGACACGUAUGUUGAGGAGGGUCCUUUGUGGUUGCGACACGAUGACGAGUGCGUUAAAGCUGUUCAGAAUCGUGUUCGGAGCAUCGAGGUCCACAGGCAGAAGCGCUUGCAUGUCAAGAUCGAACAACUCCGACAGCAGUAUCGCAAGCUCAAUGAUGAGUGGCGUGUGCAUUGCGAGCACCUUAACCGCUGGAAUGAGCGCAAGGAACGGCGUUCGGCGGUUCAAACUGGUACUGGCACACCUGCUGCUGAGCAAGACUUCAUUGUCUCGAUGAUGACCCUGGCCACUUCCCGCACCAAUCGGCGCAACAUGAACACGGGGUUUGCGGGAUUUGGAGACGCUGUCCGGUCUGAAGCCGAAUUCUUAGAGAUCUUAGCCUCGCUUGAGAGUGCGGACAUGCAAGAUCCAACGAUGCGUGCUGCGCGGACCACCGCUACGACUCCAAACAUGCUUCUAGAUCCCGACUCCACCAAGCCUAUUUUCAACAAUUACGAAGACAACAACGGGUUUGUCGCUGACCCGGUUGCGUUCUAUUUCAACAAGUUCGACCCAGACUUUUGGUCGGAUGAAGAGAGAACAGUUUUUUUGCGCAAGUACGCCCUCUACCCGAAGCAGUUCGGCAAGAUCGCCUCAUUCUUGGAGCACAAGACUACUCAGCAAUGCGUCUCCUUCUAUUAUGCAACCAAGAAACUGCCAAAUUACGAUUACAAAGCUCUUGCGGCGGCUCGAAAUCGCGAGCGCAAACGCAAGGUCCGCCCGAAGUCAAAAAAGGCAAAGGGCAGCGCGCUGAUGGCAGAUCUUGCAUCGACUAAGCCAGACGACCUGGAAUGUGCCGAUGAUGUGGAUUCUCCAGCCGAGCCCGGUGGCAUCACAAGCAUGACGGGCAGUCGUCGCAAGCCGACAAUGACCAGCAAUCGCUUCACACCUCAAGAAGAGCAUGAUGAACAGCGUGCGAGCUCCAAUUCCAGUCGGAAGCGCCGGGCCACAGAGGAUCAGUCAGGAGACAAUAUCAACAAGAAGAAAAGCAAGAAGGCAAGAAGACAAAAGGAACCUCGGGAACCCAAGGCAGGCCCCCCAACUGCCGCCGAGGAAGUCAAAGUGAUAGCAUCAGUGGAAGAGAUACCUUCUGAAGCAGCCCCAUCUCGAGCUCUGAGCGACCUUGCAGCCGCUGCAGUGCUGGAAGCGUUGGCCGGUGUUACUCCACCAGAGCCUGUUGCUGACAAAGCCACUGGGAAGAGGUUGAAGAAAGCAAAGAGCACAUUCCUGGAGGGCGUACAAGAGGGCAAGAAGAAGUCGCGCUCCUCAACCUCUUCGUACUGGUCGGUCGCUGAGCGUACAGAGUUUCUCAAAGCCUUCGCGAUGUAUGGCGAAGAUUGGGACAUCAUCUCUUCUACCCUUCCUACAAAAUCCGCGGCACAAGCAAAGAACUUCUUCCACCGCAUGAUGGAGAAGGAGAGCGAAGAAAGUAAAGACUUUCAGGAGGCUGCACAGAUUGCGGCAGAAAAUGCUUCUCUUCCAUUGGAGCAAAGAAGGCAAGAGGCCAUCAAGAUGAUUGUUCGUCAGGGUGCCUCUGCGCUCGCCAUCAUUGGCAGCAGCAUCCAAUGCGCUUCCGAGGAUGGGCUCAUUCACCGGAACACAGAAGGAGGACCGCUCCAGGACGCCUCCUCCGGUGCAGCCUGUGGGGCCACCACGCGGCUUCGGUAUCAGCAGCCUUCUCAAUGA